AUGGCUGAUGAUAAACAAGAUAUGUCGGACGAUUCUGCUGAAGAAAUGGAUGUCGCUAGCGAUGAAAGCGAUGGCGAGGACACAAUGGAAGAACAUACCGAAGAAAGCAAAGUGUAUUUACCUGGCGAAACGUUGAAAGACGGCGAACAAUUAGUCUGUGAUGAAUCUGCAUAUGUCAUGUACCACCAAGCACAGACAGGAGCUCCUUGCCUUAGCUUUGACAUUUUGUGUGACUCCCUUGGGGACAAAAGGGAAAGCUUCCCACUGACCUGCUACACUGUUAGUGGAACUCAGGGGGAAAGAGGUCACACUAACCAUGUCAUUGUGAUGAAAAUGAACAACCUUCAUCGCACAUCCAAAGAACAAAAACCUGACACAGAAGAAGAAAGUGACGAGGAAAGUGAUGAUGAUGACGAUGAUGAAAAAAAACCUGAAUUAGAAACAGCUUUGAUUCAACAUACUGGUUGUGUUAACAGAAUAAGAGCCACUAAUAUUGGUGAUAAGUCCAUAGCAGCAUCCUGGUCUGAAGUGGGAAAGGUGUACAUCUGGGACCUGACUCGGCCGCUCCAGGCAGUAAAUGACUCCAAUAUAAUGGCAGUAUACACACGCAAUGAGGAGUCGCCUCCCCCUGUCUUCUCCUUCAGUGGUCACCAAACAGAGGGAUAUGCAGUAGACUGGUCCCCAACAACUCCAGGACGCUUGGCCACAGGAGACUGUACUAAGAAUAUACAUGUCUGGAACCCUCAACAAGGUGGUACUUGGCAUGUGGAUCAGCGGCCCUUCAAAGGCCACACCUCCUCAGUGGAGGACAUACAGUGGUCACCAAAUGAAGCAAAUGUAUUUGCUUCAUGCUCAGUAGACAAAUCUGUGCGUGUAUGGGAUGCCAGACAGUCACCAUCAAAAGCUUGUAUGCUGACAGCUAGUGACGCUCAUGACCGUGAUGUCAAUGUUAUUCAUUGGAACAGGAAUGAACCUUUCAUUUUAUCAGGAGGUGAUGAUGGAAUGAUUAAAGUGUGGGAUCUACGUUUGUUCCAGAGUGGCAAGUUUGUUGCUGCCUUCAAGCACCACACAGCACCAAUAACAUCAUUGGAGUGGAACCCAAAUGACAGUUCUGUGUUUGCUGCAUCAGGCUCGGAUGAUCAGAUCACAGUGUGGGAUCUGGGUGUAGAAAAGGACAGUAUAGAACAGCAAGACAGUGAGCCAGAUGUACCUCCACAACUCUUAUUUAUACACCAGGGACAGACAGACAUUAAAGAGCUUCACUGGCACCCCCAGUUACCCGGCGUUAUGAUCAGCACAGCUCACAGUGGAUUCAAUGUGUUUAGGACUAUCAGUGUGUAGUGUGGCAUCACACAGUUUUCAAAGCAUUAGUGGAAUACUAUGGAACAUCUGAAAGUGUAUUUUUCAUUAGUGUUGCAUUUCUAGAUGAUGUGAAUGGUGACAUCUAUGUACAAGGAUAUAACCUCAAGAUGAAGGAUGGAGCAUCAAUGCCAGGGAUUCCGAGGAUUUAGAUUAUAGUGGUUUACAUGUUUCAGUUGGCUAGGCCAACCAUCUUCUGAACAAAUCUACAUUGAAAAUCGGAAAGCUUAAGUGUAAAUUACGGUUCAUGAAGUUGAUUGUUCUUAUCAUGUGAUAUACAAUUGUGAAGAGUUACAAAGAAUUAACCUCA